AUGGAUUAAAGUUAUCUCGCUGAAUCUUAGGGAAAUAAUUUGGAGGAAGAGUACAAGUUAGAUUAAAUUGAAGACAUAUCUGAUUAAAACCUUACUUAAGAAGAUGCUUAGCAAAGUCUUAAUGACACAACUCUGAAUGAUAAGAGCAUUAUAUUCGAUCAAAUGGGCGAAGAUUUGCACAUGAACUUAAAUGUAAAUAAAAAUGCAAAAUUUUCUCACUCUUCUCUGGAUUAAAGCCUCACUUAUGAUUAAAGCAAAGCUAUAGACACAACACAUUAGGAAUUCUAAAUGAAAUAAAAUGAAAAGCGCUUUAAUGAGAGAGAUGAUAAAGGCUCAAGAUCUCCAAUACAAAAGAAGUAGGGCUCAAAUAUUUUCAACAAUCGGAGGUCAGUAACUAAGUCCAAAGAACCAUAGAACCAAAUUAAUAGCAUACAAGAUCUACUUACUAAAAACUAAGACCUUGCUAAGAAGGAAAGAGAGUUUGAAAAAAAAUGUUAAAAGCUAAUGAAAAUUUAGGACUGGAGCUCUGUUGACUAGCUUGCCACUGAGCAUUUGGAAGAAACUAGUGGAGUUUCAUUCAAAGGUUUCUUUUAUCUUGGGAUAGCUUUUUACAAAAUGCAAGACUAUCAAAACUCGAUAAGGGCUUUUCAAAAGGCAGAACUAAUCAAUUCAGAAGAUGCUUAAUUGUAGUACAGUAUGGGUCUAGCUAAUUUUAAAAUUGAAUAGUAUAACUUAGCUGUAGAUCAUAUGAAGAAAUGCACCAGUAUUGAUCCACAGCAUCCAUUUGCAUACAAUAACUUGGCUUUUCUCUAUAAUAUGCACUAGUAUUAUCAUCAAACUAUAACUGUAUGUGGUUAUGCAAAGCAAAAUAACCCAGGAAAUCAUAAUUGUUAUAGACAUUGGGCUUUUGCAUUGUUUAAAAUGGGUAAAAUGGCCAAGGCAGUCAAGAAAAUCAAAAAAGGCAUUACAAAGUCUCCAAGAGAUCCAGAGAACUGGAUUAUCUGGGGUCUAAUUCUAAGAACAGUAGGAAAUUAUCCUAGUUCAAAGCAUAAAUUUAAGAGAGCUUUAAAGUAUGACAAAGAUAAUAUAGUAGCAAAGGAAGAACUAGCAACAAUAGAAAAAAUAAUAGAACUUGAUAAAAAGAUUCCAUUAGAUUCAAUCCCAACUAAAGCCAAGUCUGGAAUGAGAAAGCAAAAUUAAGACUAUGAGGAUUUUGAUGGGAAGAGUGGAUUUCCAGCUAAUCUAACAAGAGCUUGUAGUUAGCAAAGAUCUUGUGACGAGCAAAGCAUAUGUACUAUAUUUUGA